AUGUUUGAUGAGUUUCGUGAGGAUUCGGUAGAACCGCUACCGGUGGAUGCCAGCAAGAACCCACCAACGCCAUGGGUGAACUGGGGGCCGUCCAUCGCUGGCGAGGCAACGCCGUGCUUCAAGGGUGGUUUUCUCUAUCGAAUUAUCGAUUCCAAGAAGAAACUGUGGGCGCUGUAUAACGACACGUUUGUCUACGAAAUGCACGCCACCUUUAUCUUUGGGACUGCGUCGAACAUGCAGCCCAUCACCACCACCUCAUCCUCUGUGUCGGAGAAUGGCGGCGAGGUGGAUGGCAAGAACCGCGUCGUCGCCAGCGUUGAGGGCAACGGGCUUACAAUCUCCAUGGUUGUCUAUCCGAUGGAGACGAUCGAGUUUGCCCGGGGCGACAAGUCGAAGUACAGCUGCCACUUCGACGGCAAGCCGCUCUCAAAAGAGUACCUUCAACUCGAAAUGGCCUUGGCAAAUGCCGAGCUAGAAGAGAACAAAGAGAAACUUGCGAGGUACACCUGCAUCGCCACGGAUCCUGAGAAUGUCCUGGCGCUGUGCAAAACACACCAGUUGGCGUUUAUCGACCCCUCCUUCCCGCCUGGUCAGCACUCGCUUGAUGGGGAUCGAGGCCUGAUUGCGCCGAGCGCGUGGAGGCGUCCGGAGGCAUAUCUGCCUCUCGCCUUGAGGCGUCAAAUUCGCCUGUUUCGACAUCAGGUGGCCCCCUCUGCCGCACAGCGUGGUGAGUUGGGCAAUUCAUGGGUGAUGAGCGCUAUGGCUGCACUGGCGGAAUACCCGGACCACAUCAGAGAUAUGUUUCGGCACCCCGUCAACCCCAAAGAGACGCAGCGAGACGAGGCGGCUGGCGCGUACCGGGUUUGGUUGAACAAAGACGGUCUCUGGCAGUCGGUGCUCAUCGACAGCUAUCUCCCCGUGAUAGGCAAGCAGCAGCGCUACGCACGCAGCGCCAACGGGCCGUGCGAGAUGUGGGUGUCGUAUCUCGAAAAGGCGUAUGCGAAGCGUUGUCACGGCUACAGUAACAUCGCCGGUGGCGAUCCGCUCUUUGCAAUUCGCGACUUUACCGGCUUUCCCACAUCGCGGCUGGACGUCCGCUUUCGCGAGUGCGUCACGGACCCGGUGAAGAGCGAUAUGUUCUUUCUUCGCAUGGUACAGGACUACGAGAACGGAUAUGUUGUGCUGCUGAGUACCCCCGGCAACAGUGACCCACGCUCUGCCCAUAGCGCAUACAAAGAGAAUGGUAUUUUUGUGGGCUACGCCUAUGUCGUGUUAGACGCUCGCGUGAUUGAAUCGCCGAUAUCUCGGCGGAAGAAGGUACAACCGCUGCGGCUGCUGCGACUGCGCAACUCGUGGGAGGCGGCCACCAAAUGGAGUGGCAAGUGGUCUGCCGAGUCGCCGAUGUGGCAGGAGCAUCCGGAAGCAUGUGAGGCGUUUCCGCAGCACAACGGAGAUGGAACCUUCAUAAUGGAGUGGUCUGAGGUGUUGGAUAUCUUUGUCGGCUUCGGUGUUGUGUUCAACCACUUCGGCUACGUCGACUACCGCAUUCCCUUCGAGUUCCAUGGCUCCGUGCCGGACUUGUGUCUCGAGAUUCACGUGACGGAGCUGACAACGCUGACGCUCAUUCUGUCGCAGCCAGACAACAAAGGCACAAUGAGGGAGUCGGAGGACUACAACCCCAUCAUGAUUUCCAUAGCUGGCACCACCACCACCACCACGAGCCCGGUUUUCCAGGACAGCAGUAUGCGUAGUAGCGGGGCCUCAAGUCACACCAUGAUGGCAGGCAGUGCGCAGCUAGUGGCUCGGCAUUACUCUAUCCUUGUCAAUUCCUCUGCGGACGCCGAGACUCCGUCGAAGAGUUUUACAUUCUUGCAAGGCCGCGACAUCAGCGCUAUAUACACGUUCAUCCCAGAACAGUCGCCAUACCUCGUCGUACCACGUCUACUUGUGCAACAGCCUAGCCGCAUCAAUGAGGUGAGUGCGUCCAGUACGGCUGCGCUCUCAGCGUCAAACAGAGCUGUGACGCGGCCGUGUGUGCUCGGCGUUCUUUCACAGCUUGCCCUCACCCUCUAUGGGCAGGCGCACGUUCGUCUGCGCAAGUUGCCAGCGAAAAGUCCUGUCUUCGAUAACUACCUCAGCUUCACCAACAACUCCGUAGAGGUUGAGAAGACUUUCUAUGUGAAAUGCUCUGGCGCCAGUGUGGCGGAGCGUCGCGCGUCAGAGCUGAAGUAG